GUGUUCUGUUGGAAUAUACGUCGCACAUUUAUGGCGAUUCUGAGUGUGAGGGCAGACUUCUGCCAGGCCCAGCACAGCAUCCUGGCUGACAAGUGAGCUGAGUGCAGGGGGUUCUACGUGCCAUAAUUACUUUGCCUUGAAGACUCCAGACACAGCGAACACACUCAAAUAUAUGGGAUAUCUUCUGCACAUUGGAAGCAUAUUCCUUUUACUGACUCUAGCAAAACUAAGCAUCAAGAAAACAAAGUGGAGAGAAAAUCUGCCCUUACUUAUUUGCCUCACCAGUGCCUAAAUGUAGAACAGGCUGCCUAGUCUUGCAUGUAGUCAGAAUUUUUGGAGUCUGAAGGAUACCACCUGCGGUAAUUGAGGCCGAAGUUGAAUUCAAGUGGAUUCUGAAACAAACCUGCUUUUCUAGAAGCGAAUUCUUUAAGGAACAAACACAUCAAAGCAAGCUCUGAUCAAUCCCAGGCAUUUUAGUGGUCUUUUUAAUGUUUUCUGCUGUGAAACGUUUCCAAGGUUAUUGAUUUUUUUUUUUUUUUUUUUUAAUUUUAUUUUUGGCCCCUUACACAUUUUGUUUGCCAUUAUGAACCGUCCAGCCCCCGUGGAAAUUAGUUAUGAGAAUAUGCGUUUCCUGAUCACUCACAACCCAACCAAUGCAACCCUCAGCAAGUUCAUAGAGGAGCUGAAGAAGUACGGAGUGACAACCUUGGUGCGAGUUUGUGAUGCCACUUAUGAUCAAGCUCCUAUUGAAAAAGAAGGAAUCCAGGUUCUAGACUGGCCAUUUGAUGAUGGAGCACCACCCCCGAAUCAGAUAGUUGACGACUGGCUAAACCUGUUGAAAACCAAAUUUCGUGAAGAGCCUGGAUGCUGUGUCGCUGUUCACUGUGUUGCAGGGUUGGGAAGGGCUCCUGUACUGGUUGCACUUGCUCUCAUUGAAUGUGGAAUGAAGUACGAAGAUGCAGUUCAGUUUAUAAGGCAGAAAAGGAGGGGAGCUUUCAAUUCCAAACAGCUGCUUUACCUUGAGAAAUACCGACCUAAGAUGCGAUUACGCUUCAAAGAUGCCAACGGUCACUGCUGUGUUCAAUAAAAAAAAAAAAUCUCAGACGAAGGCAGAAGUUAGCAUGGCUGUUUUCUGGACUCUUGGCACCUGGAAAUGUGAAUCUGGAAUCAAACUACGUCAUCAAAUUAGUGGUGGAGUCAGUGCUCCUCAACCUCUGUC